AUGUAUGCAGCAAAGAAGGGCAAUAAGAAAGUUGUUGAUCUACUGGUGAGCAAAGGAUGCAACUUGUCGAUAGUGGAUAAUCUUGGUGGGAACAUUCUACAUGUUGCAUGUUUAGGUGACAAUGAAGACAUUGUUAAGGAUGUUCUCUCGCGUGGGAUAGCUGACAUAGAUAGCAGAGAAGAUCAAGGAAGGACACCAGUGAUGUAUGCAACAGAGAAUGGCAAUAAGAAAGUUGUUGAUCUAUUGGUGAACAAAGGAUGCAACUUGUCGGUAGUGGAUGAUCCCGGUAGAAACGUUCUACAUGUUGCAUGUUUAGGUGGCAAUGAAGACUUUGUUGAGGAUCUUCUCUCGCGUGGGAUAGCUGGCAUAGAUAGCAGAGAUGAUCGAGGAAGGACACCAGUGAUGUAUGCAGCAGAGAAGGGCAACAAGAAAGUUGUUGAUCUACUGGUGAACAAAGGAUGUAACUUGUAG